AUGGCCAAGGACAUAUUUCGUGGAGGAUUUCGACAUAUUUGUCGGCGUAUUUAUGCUGAUCUGAGUGCUGAAGGUCAAUGUGGGAAACGUUUUUACACAACAUCAAGAUUAAAAGAAUUUGGAAAAUGUGAGGAAGCAAAAAGUGCAGAUAUCCCUUAUGAUCCAGGACAGCUGUUCCUCCACAAGUCCUUUUUCUACAGAGGUAUAAUUCUCUUCUCCUGGAACAGUCGAAUUCUUGAUAUAACGCAUGUCAAUACUUCUGAUAAACACAAGGAAAAAUCUAGCAAGCAGACAGAUGUCAAAUCUCACCACAGUGACACUAAACGUAUCAAACGAAGCUUUCAGCAGUAUUAUAUGGUAUUGAGUGAUCCUCGCGACUCUCCAUAUAAGAGGAACCAGGUGGCAGCAAUGCAUUACUUACAGGACAGAAAUGGUGUAUCUGCAACUGUAUGUAAAGUCAGCAAUACAGAUAUUGUCAAUCACGACGACAUCAUACCCUACACCAGCACAGAGGAAAUACCGAUCGCCAAUGAAGUCUUCAAGUCAUACUUCGAUUAUGACAAGGACAAAGUGCCAGCAUGUCGUGUGAAACCAGAGCUGAAUAUUACAAUACAGACACACAUUCCAUGGUCCGACAUGGACAAUGUUGUGUACAAGGAAACAACAAAACACAUCCAGGUCACCUGUAUACCAUUCUUUUUAGGAGCAAGUCAAUAUACUGAGAUGAAAACAUCAAAACCAAUAAAAACAUUCACUUGGAUGUAUUGUGUCCGGAUAGAAAACCUGGGUAUGGACAUACUCCAACUGAGAAAUAGGGAGUGGUUUGUGUUUUGUACUUCCACAUCUAAAAUCAACACUGAACGUGGGCCUUCAAUAGAAGGUCAGGAGCCAAUCCUGUCCCCUGACACGAAAUGUUAUCAAUAUGUGUCUCUCGUUCACCUCAAUUCUCCUCGAGGAAGUUUAUGGGGAAACUAUACCAUGGUGAGACCAGAUGGCACAGAAGUGAUAAUAAGGAUUCCUCGCAUGGAACUUCGGUGUGACAAUGCUAGAAAUUUAUGAUAGGGUACAGAAAUAAUGGUUAUUUAGUUAAACUGUGAUAAAAAGUAAUCAAAGUGAUGUUGACCUUCAAAGUUGUCCUGUCUGAGAAAUAGAGGUCAUAUUUUGACCUUGAAGUCAUCUUAGAUAUCAUACUUUUGAAUAUCUGUUAACGAUGACUUCGAUAGGCUAAGUGCUGGCUUUGAGAAAUAGAACUCAGACGAUCGUGACAGCUAGAGGUCAAUCCAAGGAUUAAAAAGGUCAAUUCACAGGUAGAAUAAAAGUCAGCUAUUGGUUGAAAUAUGGAUCGAUCGUCUGUUGAAAUGAGGUCAACCUACAGAUGGCAGAGAGUGCAAAUCGUAGAAUGUCUCUGAUGUAAGCCCAGUGGAGAAAUAGGGGUCACUUCAUAGGUGAAAGAGAUGCCUACCCACUGAUGCAAUAAAGAUCAACACAUUAACGAGAUCUUAGUUAUCAUUUGAUGAAAUAGUCCCCAACCAAUGACAAACCAAGUGGUCAAGCCAUAGGUGAAUCUCUCUUUUGAUGAAUUAGUGGACUUAAAGGUGAUAAGUGGACUGGCAGCUGAGAUAGGGUGCAUUGACAAGGGAUAGUCUGCAAUGUGAACUGUCGAACAAGACAUUGUGAAAAGAAAAGUCUGUCUUGGUCUUUCAUGUAAGAUGAGCAGAUUAGGACUUGAGAAGUAUUGUGUGCUGUGGAACUCCUAAAAACACUCUGAAAUCUUAGAAGGAAAAUUAAGGAUUCUCCCUACAAUCUUUGUACAUAUAGCUUCCUAUUAAAAACCUUUUCCUUGCUUUCAUGUGAAACUCACCACUUUUCUUCAGUUAAUUUUUUUCUAUUAGUCUACAAUAGAAUUAGUAUACUAAAAAAAGUAUUUUGAAUGUACAUUGAAAGUGAUAGGUAAAUUUUGUUAUUUGAUGUAUAAAACAGGUCUAGUAUUUUAAUGAUUUUAAAAAGCCUCGGUCAAGCUGCAGAUAGUUAUUAAUUAGUUGCAGAAAUUCAAUAUCAAAAGGAAACAAAUGUGAGAUCCAGCUGUUCUUUAUGUAACACAACUUUGCUACAAAUAUUGGUGAACUUACAUGGUCUCUAAAAUAAAAUAGUUUUGAUUCAAGCUUAUUUUGAGAUGUCACAUGGAGAAAACAAACAAUGAAGGAAUGUGUAGAAGACUACCUUUAUAAGGAAAAAUGAAUGAAAUCAGCAAAAAUAUGAACUUAAAGUUACCAUGGUUGUGACAAUACUAUAGAAUCAAUAUCAACAUAAAGCCAGCAAGUACAUACCAAAAGGUCUGUAGUCUAUUUAAUAUACAUGGGUUGUCACUGUGGUAAAGCCCGUCGGAUCUUUAUUCUUUAAUUUUUGUUUGUUUGUUUUGUUAUUAAGUUAUCCUAAAAAAAUAUUUGUUAAUGUUUUAUUUGUAUGUCUUUUGGAUGAAGUGCAUCAGUGAAUAAUUAGUCACAUGAGUACCUGCCAUUUUCUCCCUAAUGUACCAGGUCAGGAACUGGUGAAUGUUUGAGUGAGAGAAUAUUGUAAAUUCAUGUCUGAGAGUGGAGUUAUUGAUACAAAACUCUUUAAUUCCAUGAGCCAUCAAAUUAGUUCUGUUUUGUAAAUAAGUAUUUACAUUAAUUAUUUACCUAUAUCUUCUCAUCUGACAUUAUGAACGACCUUCAUUGUUCAGAAAUAUUUGAUGCAAUUGCUUUUUUCCAGGCAUUUCAAACUCUAGUAAAUGGUUUAUGGGAUGUACACAGCAUUUGCCUGUAAAACUACUUUGUACCACAAUGCUAGGCCAGUGACGAACUUUGUCUCCAGAGACUACAUUUAUAACAAACAUAUUUGUUUUGAUAAACAUUGUAUCUGCUCUGGUAAAAGGAUUGUAAUGUAUUGAUGUAGCAUGUGUUAUACAGAAGUACAUUGUGUAUUUACAUUGUAAAUAAACCAUGCUCAAACUG